AUGGGCGGUGUCAAUGUUCGCGAUGUCGAUGCUCAGACUUUCAUCAAGGCCUACGCCGCUUUCUUGAAGCGCUCCGGUCGUCUCGACGUCCCCACCUGGGUCGACACUGUCAAGACCGGUACCUACAAGGAGCUCGCCCCCUACGACGCUGACUGGUACUACAUCCGCGCUGCUGCUAUCGCCCGUCACAUCUACCUCCGCAAGAACGUCGGUGUCGGUGCCCUCCAGAAGCUCUUCGGUGGAUCCGUCAACCGUGGUCAGCGUCCCUCCCACCACGUUGACGCCUCCGGCUCCGUUCAGCGCAAGGCCCUCCAGUCCCUCGAGAAGAUUGGUGUCCUUGAGAAGGACGAGCGUGGUGGUCGCAAGAUCUCCCAGCAGGGUCGUCGUGACUUGGACCGCAUCGCUACCUCCUUGAUCAACGUCGAGGACGAUGAGUAG